UAAACUGAUCCGAAGCCAACGAGAAAAGCGGAAGAUCAUGCAAACUUGCACUUAAAAGCUUGUUUUUGCCUCACUCUUUUUCUUCUAUUAGUCCACGCUUCAUUACUCAAUUCUCAUGCCAUCUUCAACCUCUUCAUGGAUUCCUCUUUGCUCACCAACCUUCUAAUCUUCAGCAACACAAUCCAACCAGAGUUGAUCAGGAGCGUGCAUGUCUAUCGCCAAUGGGAUGGUGAGGAAAUAGAAGUUGAAAGAGAGUUUGUGUUUUCAGAGACUAGUUCCUAUGAGGAAAUGCAGGCUACCCCAAUUCUUAGAUUGAUGAAAUCUCAUGUUUCUGAGGUGUAUGAAGGGUACAAGAAUGGAGUGUGGCUUUGUAUCUUUGCCUUUCAUGCCAAUCACACACCUCAAUUUUCCCACAUUCCAUCCUUGUUGAUGGUCACAAGAAAUCCAAAGCUUCAGAUGAUUCCUAACUUGCUUAAUGAUCUCCAUAUGAUACACAAAUUAGACUGGAGGGUGGAAGACAAAGAUAUACCACAAGACUCUAUGGGGGAAGAAUGGCAAGGAAACAGCAAUGGUAGCCAACCUACACAAAAAAUCUUGCCUGUGUUUGAUCAGGAUCUCAACUGUCUUCCUUAUGAAGAAGAUGAGUCUGAGUUACCAGACAAUGAGAUAGAUGUUGAAAGCUCACCAGGUUUGAUAGAGAAGAAAAAGAGGGCCCCCAGCGACCAUGUAGCAAAAAUUUCUUUAUCAGAUUUGGUCAAGUACUUUGGUAUGCCAAUUGUAGAAGCAUCAAGAAAUCUAAAUGUUGGGCUUACUGUUCUCAAGAGAAAGUGCAGAGAAUUUGGUAUUCCCCGCUGGCCUCAUAGGAAGAUCAAAUCACUUGAUAGUCUCAUUCAUGAUCUUCAGGAAGAGGCAAAGCACCAAGAAUUGAAGGACAAGGAAGCAGCCAUGGCUGUGACAAAGAGGCAAAGGAUGUUGGAGAGUGAGAAGGAAAACAUAGAGAAGAAACCCUUCAUGGACAUCCAAAGUGAGACCAAGAGAUUCAGGCAAGAUGUUUUCAAGAGAAGACACAGAGCUAGAGCUACUGAAAAACAGAAUUCUGCAGUAGCCAACACAUAGCACCUUUUAAAGAGUCAAAACAGCUACAAAACCAUAAUUGUAGAAAGACACUAAAAA